AUGGGAUCCAAGAAACUACUUCAGAGUGAGCUCUUAUGUGAUACAAUUUCCUGCCGGAAAGAUACAUUUGGUGCCUUCAAGAAACCAGUUAAUCCAAAAGAGUUACCAGACUACCAUGAUAACAUUGAGCAUCCAAUGGAUUUCAAGACUAUCCGUCAGAAGCUCAACAAUGGGGAAUAUGCCAACUUUGAGCAGUUUGAGGGUUAUGUCAUUGCUUUAAAUUAUCAUGGGCCUGAACUUAGAAUAGACAAUGGUGACAAUGAAUCCAAGAUGGAGCAAGAGACUUCAGGCAGAAACAACACCAUCAAGAGGAAAGCUAUGGCUGCUGAUUCUUCUGCUAAUAUUGGCAGAAAUGUCAGAAGGCUAGCAAGCUUGAGGCCCAACAUGGGAUGGAAAGGAAAAGACAAAUUGAGUGCUGCAGAUGCACAGAGAUCAGCUUCUUCUGAUGGCACCAGUGAAGAUGAAAGCAUUUCAGCUGAUGAGCUUGGAAGGGAAACAAGUGAAGAUGACUCAGGCCCAAGGUAUGGCAUUGUAGCAAUAUCUAGGAGAAGGUCGUAUGAGAAAGACGAACAUAGAAGCACAAACUAUGAGCUGCCCAUGUCAGCUUUUGACAUUGGAUCAAGGAAGCAACUGGUACCAGUUAAGUGCGUAAAACAUGGUUCAGAGACAGCAGCAUCAGCAGAAGCCGUUGGAUUACGCGCGCAGCCUUGCCCGUUUCGCGGCGAACCUUGGCCCCGCCGGCUGGGACGUCGCGGCGCCGAGUUCGGCCGCGGGUGGGUGGUCGCGCCGGAGCCGGCGACGAACGCCGGCGCCACCGCUGCCAUGGCCAUGCAGACACGAGCACGAGACGACGGCGUCUCGGCGGAGCAGAGGGACGACGCCGGCGUGGACACCAUCAACGGCUUCACCGCUGCUCGCCUGCGCGAGUUCCUCCGUUCUUGA